ACUCUUCCAAGAAGAACAACAACACCACCAGCAACCAACAGAGAGCCAAAGCUUGCCCUGAAGACAGCAAUAUCCAUUCGAUAUAUCUCCCUAUUUCGUGUGCUACCGUCACCUAUUCCUCCUUACAACCGGGGCUACAUCGACACUUACAACACACAUUCAAUAUAUCGCAACUACUCCCCCCCCCCCCGGUGACAUCAACUCUGGAAUCCACACCUCGUCAUGGCGGGCACAAGAAACUAUGACUUUCUAAUCAAGUUACUGCUCAUCGGAGAUUCCGGGGUGGGCAAAUCGUGCUGCCUUCUCCGCUUCAGCGAGGACUCGUUCACACCAUCCUUCAUCACGACGAUCGGAAUCGACUUCAAAAUUCGCACAAUCGAACUCGAUGGCAAACGUGUGAAGUUGCAGAUAUGGGAUACGGCUGGACAAGAGCGAUUCAGGACAAUCACUACCGCCUACUAUCGAGGCGCAAUGGGCAUUCUCCUGGUUUAUGAUGUUACAGACGAACGAUCUUUCAACAACAUUAGGACUUGGUUUUCCAACGUCGAGCAACAUGCCAGUGAGGGUGUGCAUAAGAUUCUCAUCGGUAACAAAUGCGACUGGGAAGAGAAGCGGGCGGUAACGACCGAACAAGGCCAGAAACUGGCCGAUGAACUCGGCAUCCCUUUCCUGGAGGUUUCCGCCAAGAACAAUAUAAACGUCGAUAAAGCAUUCUACAGCCUCGCGUCAGAGAUCAAGAAGGUCAUGGACAGUACAAAGUCGGAACAAGCGGGCACUCAAGGGGUCAACAUAGACCAGCAUAAUGCAGGGUCGAACGGCAACCUGGGUGGAAAGUGUUGCUGAGUUACUGUUAUGUGGGACGUUAUGAAUCAGAAAUCCUUCAGAACCUCACCUCACAAUCCUCCCUUUCUCCUUUCUUUGAUCGUCUUCUUUUGCCUCUGUUGAUUCUUAUUCCUGGUCUGUUUGAUAUAGAAUCCGCUUCAAGGAAGCUACGGAAUCGGUGCACCCUUUUGAUUGGACUUUUCUCCCAGCGUGUUUGUUCGUUAUUGUGUCUAUAAGUUCUUGAUGGUUCCCUAUUCUCUACUAUGUUGGUCAUUUCAUCGUGCUUGUCGGGGAUUUUUCACUUUUUAAACAGCGGCCUUGCCAAUAGUUAUGCGUCUCGUU